AUGAAUCUGAUAUACAACGGUGUACGCACUCGACGUCUAAGUUGUUUCCCUCAAUGUAGUGGAGAAAGCAUUGAAUCCGUGCCAGAGUUCUUUACCAAUCUCAUAGUUUCUGAUCUUUUUCACCUCCCUAGUGAAUAUGUACUGAUGAACCCUGAGAUUUUUAGUGCAGUGAGUGCAGGGAAUAAAGAAUGUCUCGAGAAGUUAAGAAGUUAUGGAACGCCAAUGGCAUGUCUCAAGAGCAGUAGAGGAGAUUCUGUUCUUCACCUUGCUGCUACUUGGGGUCAUCUUGAACUAGUUAAGAGCAUAGUUUCUGAAUGUCCAUGUCUUUUAAUUCAGCCAAACUCAAUGAAUCAGAUUCCUAUUCAUGCUGCUGCUCGUGCUGGUCAUUUAGCUGUUGUUGAAGCUCUUGUUGCAUCGGUAACAUAUCUUUCGGCUAGACUAUGUGAAGAAGAGAGGAAGAGUCUGAAUCUUUAUGAUCUGAAAGAUAGAGAUGGAGAUACUGCUUUGCAUUUGGCCUUGACAGGCCGCAACGUGGAGAUAGCUGCGUGUCUGGUAAAUCUGAACCAACGUGCUUCGUUUCUUGCAAAUAAAGAUGGAAUAUCUCCAUUGUAUUUAGCUGUGGAGGCUGGUAAUGUCUCACUUGUGAAAGCAAUGUUAAAAACUACAAACAGUAAUGGACUUGAAGGGAGAAAGUAUAACUUUAAUUCACAGUUGGAAGGUAAAAAGUUUCUUGUCCAUGUGGCUUUGAAGGGAAAGAAUACAGAUGUCAUUGAUGUUAUACUUAAAGAAGAUUCAAGCAUUGGAGACGAGCGAGAUGAAGAAGGAAUGACUUGUCUUUCAUUUGGAGCAUCCAUAGGGUUCUAUAAAGGAGUAUGCAACCUGCUAGACCGAUCAACCAAGAGUGUUUACAUCUGCAACGAUGAUGGAUCUUUUCCAAUACAUUUGGCAGCAAAGAACGGCCACAUCAGAAUUGUCAAAGAGAUUCUAAAACGUUGUCCAGACUCGAAACACCUGCUUAACAAGCAAGGUCAGAACGUUCUUCACAUUGCAGCAAAUAGUGGAAGAUAUCUACUUCUAUUUCAUUUCACAAACUGUGGUAAAACAAAGCACCUGGCUGUUGAGCAAGAUUUGGAUGGGAACACACCUCUGCAUUUAGCUACCAUGAAGUGGCGUCCACGAGCUCUUCCUUACCUUAGUAGGGUUUCAGGGAGCUUAUACAUGCGGAACAAUAGUGGUUUAACAGCUCUGGAUAUUGCAGAGUCAAAUGUGAAACCCAACUACAUAUUCCGGGAGAGGGUGACACUUAUGGUCUUAGUAUACUGUUAUGCAAUCAGAGAGUUUAGAUUGCAAUGGACCAAGAAGCUAACAAAACCAUCAGAGCCUCUAAACUGUGGCAAGAACAAAGAGUACAUCAGCGCGCUUCUACUCGUGGCAGCUCUUGUAGCUACUGUAACUUUUGCUGCAGGGUUUACCAUACCAGGUGGCUUUAACAACUCUGCUCCAAACUUGGGGAUGGCCACACUAGCCAAUGACCCCAACCUCUUCUAUUUUCUUGUUUUUGACACGCUUGCAAUGCAAAGCGCCGUUGUGACUAUAGCCACUUUGAUUUGGGCUCAGUUGGGAGAUCCUGCACUUGCUCACAGAUCCUUAUAUGUGGCGUUGCCAUCACUGUUUUUUGCUCUGUUCUGUAUGCCAUGUGCGUUCUAUUUUGGGGUGGUUAUUACAGUAGGGAAAGUUAGAGGUCUUGUAGUAGUUCUUUCAGUUAUAUCUAUGAUCUUCUUUUUGGUCAUGCUCUUUGUCCUUGGCCCUCACGUUAUUCUGCAGAUACCUGGGAUUCCUGCUUUCUUUGGUGUAUUUUUCUUGCAUUUUAUGUGGUUUGUUAAUGAUGAGGACGACCAUAUAUAUCAGACCUCUGUAAAGGUAGCAAGUGGGGAUCGUGUAGGAAAGUCAGAAUGUUUAUAAAAGAGUGUGUUUCUUCAGAACUAUAAAUGUGAGCUGUUUGAUUCUGUGGGUUUUUAUGUGUACAAAGAAAUAAAGCGCCUAUUUUGAUGUUUGUCGAUA